CAGCAACCCACUGGCACCCAAUUUGCCACGAGCCCCACUCUCUCAGACUGCUUUGCGAUCCCCUCAUCCAUCAUCUCUGCUCACGCCACACGUGGCGCUCCGUGUCCGAAAAGACGGGCUACCAUGCCGGCACCCCAGUUCAAGUACAUCAACAAGCUACAAGGCCGACGAGUCCUGAUCUUUGGUGGCACCUCUGGCAUCGGGUAUGCCGUCGCCGAAGCGUGCAUCGAGCAUGGCUGUACCGUCAUCAUCUCCAGUUCCAACGCGCCCAAGCUUGGCGAUACUGUCCUCCGCUUGAGGACUUCGUACCCGCAUAUCGAAUCGUCGCAGAUCAUAAUCCACGCCUGUGAUCUCGCAGACAAAGAAGGGCUCGAGACGAACAUUCAGAGGCUCUUGUCCGUUGUCACUCGCGAGACGAGAAGCAAGAUCGACCAUGUUGUUUUCACAGCUGGGGACGGCCGUACCUUAAGAUCAUUAUCAGAAGUCACCGUGGAACAGUUUGAGAAGAACCAGGUGGUUCGCAAUAUUGCUCCGAUCAUAAUUGCGAAGUAUCUCCCACAAUACAUGACAAGCACUGCGGAUAGCAGUUUCUCUCUCACUGGAGGGUUCAUCUUCUCCAAGCCACCGCCUGGGUUCAGCCUUCACGCAGCGACUGGAAUCGAAGGUUUUGCCAGAGGCCUUGCCGUCGACUUGGCACCUAUCAGAGUCAAUCUCGUUGCGCCAGGGGUCAUCAAGACGGAGGCCUUGAUGAGCGUACCACAGCAAGCUCUCCAAGUUCUUGCCCGGGCAACAACGAUCAAGAGGCUGGGGCGACCCGAAGACAUUGCCGAGGCAUAUCUUUACUUGAUGAAGGAUGGAUACGUGACCGGCAGCAUUAUAGAAUCAAACGGGGGUAGACUAUUGGUCUAGAGUAUCAUGGGGCCGAUACCGGGACUGAAGAUUUGCAUUUCGGGAUGAAGAAGUGCCGAAAUCUUGGCCAUAUGCUAUUCAAGUUGCGAGAAGCCGUAUCAAAGUCAUUGAAGGUGUGAUUAUGAACGCUGACAGGAGACGAGAACUGCAUUUUGUAUUUUUGCUGGGUUGCGGACAAUUAGAAGACCCAUUGGGAUUAGUUAGCGCUGCGUACCCUAGGGUACCCAAAGGCUCUUGGGGAAGGUUCACAAGUGGCAGAUUCAAUGGCGUGAGAUCUAGGGUCAGCUAUCUUUUGGGGGGGUCGAUCAUACCCCGGAGCCCUACUCACAUUGAAGUAUUGAUAUUCAGACCACCUAUCCAGAUGGGGGGUCGAGA